AACUAAACCUAGCAACUGGGGAAUCGUCUAGUGCUGAGGAUCUCCGCCGAAGGGCCUUGGAAACCUUGAGCUCACACUGAGCAGUUUCCAGCUUCCUGGGCAAGGGAACAGUCUCUUCCCUUGCCUGGGACUCUGGAACCAUUUCAUUCUGGUGAAAGUAAGAGGCACGGUAGGACCAGAAGCCUUUCGCGGAGAAAAGGCUGACAUGCCCGUCCUGUUUGACAGAUUGAUGAAGCUAAAGGAAAUGUUUAACUCUAAGUUUGGAUCCAUUCCCAAGUUUUAUGUUCGAGCACCAGGAAGAGUCAACAUAAUAGGAGAACAUAUAGAUUAUUGUGGGUAUUCUGUUCUUCCUAUGGCUGUAGAACAAGAUAUGUUAAUAGCGGUGGAACCUGUGGAAACACAAACUCUUCAACUAGCCAACACAAAUCCCUUGUACCCGGACUUCAGUACUAAUGCUAAUAAUAUUCAGAUUGACAAAACCAAGCCUCUGUGGCACAACUAUUUCCUAUGUGGAUUUAAAGGAAUUCAGGAGCACUUUGGUCUUAGCAACCUGACUGGGAUGAAUUGUUUGGUGGAUGGAAACAUCCCACCGAGUUCUGGUCUCUCUAGCUCCAGUGCUUUGGUGUGUUGUGCUGGCUUGGUGACUGUCACGGUGCUGGGAAUGAACCUAUCCAAGGUGGAACUUGCGGAAAUCUGUGCCAAGAGCGAGCGUUAUAUUGGCACUGAAGGAGGAGGGAUGGACCAGUCCAUAUCAUUUCUUGCAGAAGAAGGAACUGCCAAGUUGAUAGAAUUUAGUCCUCUGAGGGCAACUGAUGUGAAACUCCCAAGUGGAGCAGUGUUUGUGAUUGCCAACAGUUGUGUGGAAAUGAAUAAGGCAGCGACUUCACACUUCAAUAUCAGAGUGAUGGAGUGUCGGCUGGCUGCAAAGCUCCUGGCAAAGUACAAAGGCUUGCAAUGGGAUAAAAUACUGCGGCUAGAGGAGGUGCAGGCCAAACUAGGGGUCAGUCUGGAAGAAAUGCUCGGGAUCGUGGAAGAUGCCCUUCACCCUGAACCCUAUAGCCCUGAGGAGGUCUGCAGGUAUUUGGUAAUUAGCCUGCAGGAGCUUCGAACCCAAGUUCUGAGUCCAAACACUCAAGACGUGCUCAUCUUCAAACUCUACCAGCGGGCAAAGCACGUGUACAGCGAGGCUGCUCGGGUGCUCCAGUUUAAGAAGAUAUGUGAAGAAGCACCUGACAACACGGUCCAGCUGCUGGGGGACUUAAUGAACCAGAGCCACGUGAGCUGCCGGGACAUGUAUGAGUGCAGCUGCCCUGAACUGGACCAGCUGGUGGACAUCUGUCGGAAGUUUGGGGCUCAAGGGUCACGACUCACUGGAGCAGGAUGGGGAGGCUGUACAGUAUCAAUUGUACCUGCUGACAAGCUGUCCAGCUUCCUAGCAAAUGUGCACGAAGCUUAUUACCAGAGGAGCGACCGAAACUUAACAUUCGAGAAGCAGAGUUUGUUUGCUACCAAACCUGGGGGUGGGGCUUUGGUUUUCCUUGAGGCCUAAACAAUGUAAAAAAUCUCAGAGAAACUAUUUAGGGCAUUUAGGAACUGGCAGAACUUCUUACGCCACAGUAAAUUAAUCCUCUUUCUGUUUUGUAUUAUGAUGAACGGUUGCUAUUAUCAAGAUGUAUUUCUAAAGAAAUGGUUGAAAGCUGUCUAUGCUUCAUAAUGAUUAUUUUUCCAUCUUAAACUAUGUUUUCUACCAAUAAGAGCCAAAAUUAUGCUUGGGCAGAUCUUUUAAGGAUGAUUUACUGACAUUUAUGGAUUUCGAGAUUUUUAAAGAUGAAUUGGUAAAAGACAUUUAUACUGACCUCAUGGAUUAGACUUGAGUUAAACAUGCUGCUACAAUUAAAGGGAUACAAUUGAAUUGUAUGAUAUAUUCUUAAAUACAGUCCAUUUCUGGUU